UAGGUAGGUCCAGACUCACAGUCAAACACAGAAUGAACUCUUCGCCGUCCAAUUGAUUUAAUCGGACGAACCAAAAUUGAUUCAUCGGUUUAGACCCGGGUAAAGAUUUAGGUUAAUCAAUCUCUCUCUCAUCAUAUUUCUCGUCUUCAACCAGGAGUUGAUCUCGACCUCACCCCACCAUUGACAGAGAACUAUAACUCACUACCAAUCCGGAAGAAUCAGCGCCACUCUCAUCCUCCUCCUCGCUUUGCUCUCGGAACCUUUUGGGUAGAAGAAGAUGAGCAGUGAAGUUGCUAGAGUUUACCGUGACAUUCUUAAAGCAGUGGUGAAACAUGUUGGCAAAGAAGACCACAAGUCUCAUUUCACCGACUUUGUCAAGCGCGAGUUUCGCAACAACUCAAACUCACUCCACCUUGACCGCAACUACACUUAUCUUCUUAAUAGCAUUCACUCUCACAAGGAUCUGUUGUUCUCAUACAACAUUGCAGUUGAUAGAACUGAAGAAAUGAAACGGGUGCUUGGCAAAUCUGCAGCUAGUGUGGGGCUUCGUCUUCCCGAGGUUUACCAGCCUUGAUCAUUACACAUUCCUCAGCCACUCUGGUUUCUUCAUUUCCUUGGAGUCACAUCUUGGAAUAAGUGUGAUCCUCUUUGUAGCCAGACAGACAGCUCUUGCAUUCAAAGAUCUGAGAUGCAUUCAUUUCAAUUUCUCCUUGUGUGUUUUUUUACCACAUUACGUUUUGGGACAAAAAAAGGGGGGGAAUUGGGGUGUAUAACCUUCAAACAAAUUAUAAUUCAUUAGAUAACUAGAA